AUGCUCAAGGGCUAUGGGGGCGACUUCCUUCGAAUUGUGGAAUAUAAUCAACACUGGCGAUUACAUUGGGAAGGUGUUCUUCGAGCACUGGCAUCUGAAGGAAUCAAGAGUGUUAUGAUUGAAGGCGGCGGAACAGUCCUCAGUGAGCUGCUCAACCCGGAAUACACCAACUUCAUCGACUCGAUCAUCGUGACCGUGGCCCCCACUUACCUGGGUAGCGGCGGUGUUAGCGUCAGCCCACACUCCAAACUUGACCAAGAGGGCAACCCUAAUGCCGCUUUGAAUCCGCGCGAGGUAAAGUGGACUCCACUGGGGCAGAAUGUCAUCAUGUGUGGCAAAAUUCGACCACACGAGGAGGAGCGACAGGGAGAUUAG